UGGACUCCUUCAAACAUGGAGACUCAACAGUCCAAGACCAUGAAGGAGGACACUAAGACCAAAGAUGAAGGUGCUUCUGUGGACGCAGAGCUGGCCAAAGCCAUAAUGUCUCGGUGUGUCCACCCUUCUGUGCUGGGCGCAGAGACCUGGGAGGGAUACCUCUUUUCUGAUCUGGAGAUCCGUAUCAAAGAGUCCACAGACCUCUACGGCGCUGUGCUCUGGCCCUCGGCGAUGGUGUUGUGUUAUUUCUUAGAGACUAACCGAGACAAACACAACUUGAUGGACAAAAAUGUGAUUGAACUGGGUGCUGGAACUGGGCUGGUCUCAAUCGUGUCCAGCCUGUUGGGUGCUAAGGUGACAUCCACUGACCUGCCAGAUGUGUUGGGGAACCUCCAGUACAAUAUUUUGCGCAACACCAAAGGCAGAUGCAAGUACAUCCCUCUGGUCACAGAACUCAUCUGGGGACCGGAUGUAGAAAAGCGUUUCCCUUGUGACACACAUUGUUUCGACUACAUCAUGGCAGCUGACGUGGUGUACGCCCAUCCUUAUCUAGAGCAGCUGAUGGACACCUUUGACCACCUGUGCCAGGAAAACACACAGAUCCUGUGGGCCAUGCGCUUUCGCCUGGACCCGGAGAAUAGCUUUGUUGACCGCUUUCGACAACGCUUCAACCUGGAGGAGCUGUACGACCUCCCCAGUCUCAGUAUCAAAUUGUACCGAGCCUGGAGGAGGGACACAAGGACCUAG